AUUUGGUUACCGGUUCGUCCGUGACGCGUCACCUGACUCCGAGACACCGCUAAAGAGCCAGGGGUGGAGAAGAGCCACAGCCAGUAAGGUGGAGAUAUUAAGGAAAAGCGAGAGAAUAUAUAAUAAGUCGCCCCCAUUUGGAACGCUCCUCAUCUCUUCUCAGCGGGGGAGGUCGUUCACAGCAGCCCGUUCAGCGGUUUGGGAAACGGAUGCGACAGCUGUCAUUGUGAGUCGGGGUGACACCGGGUCCAGGCACACAGUUGACAGGACACUGGGUAGCAACGGAAUUACCGAAAACGACCGGUCCAUUCAAGUGUACGGCUGUGUAAGCAUCUUCUUGUGUGCACAGAAACUGGUAUUAAAGCUGUCGGUGGUGACUGCUGUUUGUAUUCCCUUGACUUUAUUGCUGUUUUGUCAGAGCAAAAGGAUUUUAAGCUAGCUAUCCAGCUGUGCUGCUGCUGAGUAAACGUGGCGUAUGCAAAUAUUGAUUGCGUUAAUCCCCGGCAUGCAGAAUACAUAUAACGGGACCAUCCCUUAGUACUAGGAUCUCGUGUUUCCUAUGAAGUAGACAGCAGAUUAUUACCCAGAGAGCCUACUAUUGCAAUGCACUACUGCAGCACUUAAGGCACGGGAGUACCAGACGACGCGGUAGCACGGUUUUUGUAAUCUUGAGGGCACCAUUCUUACAAAGUAAUAUUGCUGGAAAGGUGGCCUGACGCUUCCUCAGAGGAAGAGACGAUCGUAAAUUGGGGAUUAUUUGCGCAUCCCCAGUUUUUACCAAAGGAGGAGGAUUAGGAUUGAAGUUCGAAGCGACGGAGCUGCUUGUUUGCACCCUGCUGGUUGUCAUUGAAAAUGUCGGGGCAGACCCUAACAGAUCGCAUCGCUGCUGCCCAGUACAGUGUCACAGGCUCGGCUGUGGCCAGGGCCGUGUGCAAGGCAACCACUCACGAAGUAAUGGGACCCAAGAAAAAGCACCUGGAAUAUCUGAUCCAAGCAACAAAUGAGACAAACGUGAACAUUCCUCAGAUGGCUGAUACUUUGUUUGAGAGGGCAACAAACAGCAGCUGGGUGGUUGUAUUUAAGGCCUUGACUACUACGCAUCACUUAAUGGUCCAUGGUAAUGAGAGAUUCAUCCAGUACUUGGCAUCUAGAAAUACACUGUUCAAUCUAAGCAAUUUUUUGGACAAAAGUGGUUCACAUGGAUAUGACAUGUCUACGUUUAUCAGACGCUACAGCAGAUAUUUGAAUGAAAAGGCCUUUUCGUAUCGACAGAUGGCAUUUGACUUUGCAAGAGUCAAAAAGGGGGCUGAUGGUGUAAUGCGGACAAUGGUUCCUGAGAAGCUGUUGAAAGGCAUGCCAAUUUUGCAAGGACAGAUUGAUGCUUUGCUUGAGUUUGAUAUUCAUCCAAACGAGCUGACAAAUGGUGUUAUCAACGCUGCUUUCAUGUUACUUUUUAAGGAUCUAAUCAAACUCUUUGCUUGCUAUAAUGAUGGAAUUAUUAAUUUAUUAGAGAAAUUUUUUGAAAUGAAGAAGGGACAAUGCAAAGAUGCCUUAGAAAUCUACAAGAGGUUCCUUACUAGAAUGACAAGAGUUUCAGAAUUCCUGAAAGUUGCUGAGCAAGUUGGCAUUGACAAAGGAGAUAUUCCUGAUCUCACUCAGGGUUUGCAUUCAGGAGUUCUGGUUGAUCUGAAAGACACAGACAAUGAAAAUUCUCCCUUUAAAGACUGCCCAGUUGAUGAGCUGGCUCCCAGCAGUCUCAUGGAGACCCUUGAGCAACACCUAAACACACUGGAAGGGAAGAAGCCAGGAAACAGUGAUGGGUCAGCAGCUCCAUCACCGCUGGGCAAGAGCUCUCCAACAACAUCGCCAACCUCCACUCCAUCAAAGACUGUAGAAACCACUUCACCAGUUGAUCUUUUUGCAUCUCCAUCUUCUGCAGCAGCUGCCAACGCAUCCAAGCCUUCUAGUGACCUUCUGGAUCUUCAGCCUGAUUUCACAUCCUCGCCACAGUCGGCUGCAUCACUGGGUGCAACAACUAGUGCAUGGGGAGAUCUCUUAGGGGAGGAUACUCUGACAAUUCCUACCACUGCUCCUACUGCUGCUGCCAGUGCCUGUGAAUCUCCACUUCCUGACCUGUUUGAGGUUGAACUGACUCUCACAACUUCCACGGCACCUGAAGUUACCACUGCUGCUGCUGCCACUACACCUCCCAGCACUGCUGUCACUGUCACUGCACCCACUACCGUUGUUGCUACUCCUACUACAGCCACGACUGCUGUUGUUUCUGCUUCCGAGGUGGAUCUCUUUGGAGAUGCCUUUGCAACGUCUCCCACUGAUUCCACUGCAGCAGCCGAGGGGGCACCAGCAGCGGCUCCCCCAACCCCUGUAGCAGCAGCACUUGAUGCAUGUUCCGGACAUGGUGGGUCUCUUCUCUUUGGCUCAUUUCUAGUGUAUACAGACCCCUUUGCCCCAUCUGAAGGUAGUGCAGAAGCUGCUCCAGAACUGGACCUUUUUGCUCUGAAGCCUGCUGAAACAAGUGCUCCUGUAGUUACCCCUACAUCUAGUACAGCUUCAACUGCCACUGCAACUCUUCCUCCUCCUCCUCCUUCUCCUGCUGCUGCUGCUGCUGCCACCACUGUCACUACCACUGCUGCUGUUGCUACUACUGCUACUGCUGCUGCUGUUACCACCGCCACCACAACCACCAGUACUGCUGCCACAACAGCUGCCACCACGGCUGCCACCACCACCACCACUGCUGCUCCUGCACUAGAUAUCUUUGGUGAUUUGUUUGAUUCCUUGCCUGAUCAAAAUGCUUCUACAACUAUGAAGCCAGAUGCAACCCCUAGCAUAGACCUCUUCGCAGCAGAUGUUUUUUCAUCGCCUGCUCCUGUGGCUGCCCCUCUGUCUGACAGUUCUCUAACUGCUGACCUGCUGUCUGUGGAUGCAUUUACACCACCAUCAUCAGCUCUACCUGCUGCCUCCCCUGCAAAACAGGAUUCGUCAGCUGUGCUUGACCUUUUUGGUGAUACUUUUGGGAGUGCCCCAACUGUAGAACCUCUUUCUGCCCAGCCGGCUGCAUCCAGUUCCUCUGCUUCUGCUGACCUGCUUGCUGGCUUUGGAAAUACUUUGAUGACUCCUUCUCCUGCCGCAGCUCCUGUCACUCCAUCUCAUAACAGCCUUUUGCAGCCUCAUUUCGAUACAGCCUUUGGAACAACUGCUGCAGCAGCAACUAGCAGCUCAUUCGAUUCAUCAGUCUUUGAUGGUUUAGGUGAUUUGCUGAUGCCAACUGUAGCAGGGCAAGGCCAAACGGUAGCACCCACACCAGUUCUGGCACCUUCAGGAAUGACAGCAGCGGCAGCAUCAACCCCAUCAAGCAAGGUCCUUGGAGGUGAUCUAGACUCAUCACUUGCAAACCUGGUUGGAAAUCUUGGCAUUUCUGGAACCACAGCAAAGAAAGGAGAUCUCCAGUGGAGUGCUGGUGAAAAGAAGUUGACAGGAGGAGCUAACUGGCAGCCAAAGGUAGCACCUGCAACUUGGUCUUCAGGUGUUCCACCAACUGGACAGAUGCUUGUUUGGGCGAGGCUUCAUUGUCCUGGACAAGUUCCACCAGUUUCUAAUGUUCCCUCAGUAGGAACUGUACCUCCAGUAGGAGCCGUGCCCCCAAUGGGUGUUUCUCAGCCUGUACCUGGAUUUGGAAUGUCUCCCUCAGGAGCGGGUGUACCCAUGAUGCCCCAGCAACAAAUGAUGUAUGCACAGCCCAUGAUAAGGCCUACCUUUGGAGCUACUCCAGCAUCUGGUGCACAGCUUUCACCAAGCCCUACACCUGCAUCACCGAGCCCCAAGAAACCACCAACAAAGGACCCUCUAGCCGAUCUUAACAUCAAGGAUUUCUUGUAAAUACAAAAGCAGCAGUUUUUAUGACUGAAUCCAUACAAAUGUGAGCUUGGAGUCUGUGAACAAUGCACCAGUACCCGGACCUGUGAUGUCAGCCACAAGUUCCAGUUCCCAGUGCAUAUUCUAAUUUUUUCCCACAUAUAGAUUGUGUAGCACAGCUGUGAAUGUGUACCUUAGAAAUGUACUAAUUUAGCUGUUAUUCCCCUCCCCAGCCUAAUCUGAAUUUGUGUGCUUGGAGUAUUCCUGUUUUACAAUUUGAAUGACAGCCGUAUGUAAAUGAUGCGUUUUCCAGUGCUCUUCUCUACCUGUCUCAUGGGGGCAGAUUAUGCAGCUGUUUGUGUGUUGUGACCAAUCCGAAGCAGUGUGUAUGUAUUUCAGAGUUUUUUGUAUAUAGAAUUUUCAUGAAAGUUCCCAGGAAGAUUCUGUUUUCUCUGUAUAUCUGUUAAAAGCUUAAAAUGUGAAACUGUCAACAAGUCAUAUGAAAAUGAUUGUGCACAGAACCUUCCAGCCCUUAUGAUUAGUUUUUUUUUAUUUGACAGAUACUUUCCAUUUGAAAGGCUGAAUCUGCUGUGCAAAUAUAUAUAUUUUUUGUGUUGCUUUUCAAAUUAUUUAUAAGUCUUCAGAGUAAUAUAAAGGCUAAGCUUCCAUUGUUUUAUGCUUCUCUCAGUAAUCUCAAUUUACCUUGGAGGGAAACACCUAUAUAUAUUUCAUAAUUUUUCUUUAUUCUUUUUAAUUGUAUUAUAUUUUAAUUAUAUUCUGUAGAUUUUACAUUUAAAAUAGCAUAUUUAUAAACUGUUGCAGUUGCACUGAAAGAAAAAAGUGAAAGACAGUAUGGUGUAGUCUUUCACUUGAGACUGUGGAAGGCGAACCUUCACAGCCCUGUUAUUGUGAAAAGGGAUACUUGAGUACUGCAGCAGUAUUUGCUGCAAGUGUCUGCAGUCCAAACACAGAUGCAUAUUUUUGUUAUUUAGUUUUUGAAACAUUCCAUUUGCUUUUGUUGCAUGUUUGUGUUUGUUUUUGAUAUAUUGCCACAUCCUCCUGUCUCUCUAAUGUGACCUAAUACUGUCAUCUCCAAAAUAUAUAUAUAUACAUUUCUUGUCUUUAUUAUUGAAUACAAGCUGUGUUUUUCUGUUUCUGUUGGAUUUUUGUUGUCAAACUGUUUGCUUUGUUUUAAGACUUUGAUGCAUAAAAGAAACCACUGUUGAUCAGUGUUACUAAUUGGCUUAUCAGCUGUUUUGUUAAUCACCUCCAUGGCUGGAAAAAAAUAUUCCCAUAGGUCUUUUCAGAUGUACUGUAUAAUCUACGUAUUGUAUCAUUUAAAGUGACCGUAUUUGCAUUUGUUGAGGGAAAGUACACUACAGAGACAUAAUUCUAAAAAAAUGUUUUUUGUUUGUUUAUUGGUUUAAACCCAGUGCAUGUGUGCCCUCUGAGAUGCAAUAAACAGAACAAAGUCAGUACAGAUUUA